AUGAGCUAUGGAGUUUUCGUAAAGGCUACAGAAAACGUUACGAUUGAUUUGCUUGAGAAAUAUGACAUACCAACAUCACCUAUUAUUUAUCGUGGAAGCGAGUCACAUCAGGAUGUAGCCAAGCGUUUCGUUAAUGAAGUAACAGAGAUCGCGAGAAGAGUUCAAGAUUUACUUAAAACAAAUAAACCCAUCAUAAUGACAGAAAAAGAGCAAAUAGCACAUGUAUCGAAAAGUACAUGCAAUCUAUGUGAAUGUAAUUUUUCUAUCAAAAACCAAAAGGUGGCAGAUCAUUGCCAUCUAUCAGGGACAUUUAGGCAAACUUUAUGCAAUACUUGCAACCUGAAACUCCAAAAACCUAACUUUAUACCGUGCUUUCUACACAAUUUGUCUAAUUACGAUGCACAUUUCAUCGUAACCGAACUCGGAAAUGACACUAAAUCAAUCUCAGUAAUUCCAAACAGCGAAGAAAAAUACAUUUCAUUUUCAAAACACGUUACCAACAACUUUUCAAUUCGAUUCAUAGACUCUUGUCGAUUCAUGGCAUCAAAGUUAUCAACACUCGCAGAAAAUUUAUUAACACCAGGGUUCAAGAAGUUCAGAGAAACCGCAAAAGCAUUCGCACCCAGAGAUAUGGAUCUCGUCACACGUAAGGGUGUAUACCCUUACGAGUUUACCGAUAGUUGGGACAAGUUAGAAGAAACGAUUUUGCCUCGGAAAGAAGAUUUUUAUAGCACAUUAACGGAAGAACAUAUAGACGAUGAGGAAUACGAACACGCAGUCACAGUAUGGAACCAUUUCAAAUGCAAAACCCUAGGAGAAUAUAGCGAUUUGUAUCUAAAAAUUGACGUGCUGCUGUUGGCUGACGUGUUUGAAAAUUUCAGAGACAUGUGCAUUUCUACAUACAAUUUAGACCCUGUUUACUACUUUACAGCUCCAGGUUUUAGUUUUGACUGUAUGUUGAAAUAUACCAAAGUCAAACUAGAAUUACUCUCUGAUUUUGACACCCACUUAUUUUUCGAAAAUUCAAUCCGCGGCGGCCUCACACAAGCAAGUAUGAGGUACGCUAAAGCUAAUAAUGAAAAAACCCAAGAUUAUGACCCAACAAAGUCAAAAUCGUGGAUAGUUUACCAAGAUUGUAACAAUUUGUACGGGUGGGCAAUGUCACAGCACAUGCCAUACGGUGACUUUAAAUGGGUGGAGCCUAAGUUAGAUGGAUUAGAUGCUUUGACGCCGACGUCAGAUAUAGGCAGAGUGUAUGAGGUAGACAUAUCAUACCCUAAUGAACUCCAUGACUUACACAACGAUCUUCCAUUUUUACCUGAGAACAAAAUUCCUCCUGGUUCAAAAGUGAAAAAACUUAUGGCGACACUUCAUUCAAAAAAAAAUUACGUAAUCCAUUAUCGAAACCUGCAGCAAGCCAUAGCAAAUGGUUUAAUUGUAGAAAAAGUACACAGAGUUUUAGAGUUCAAACAAUCGGAUUGGCUUGCAAAAUACAUUAAAUUAAAUACCGAAAUGAGGAAGAACGCAAAGAAUGAAUUCGAAAAGGAUUUCUUCAAACUCUUAAACAAUGCAGUUUUUGGGAAAACUAUGGAAUCUUUACGGAAACGUUUUAAGAUGGAACUAGUUUCAUGUCCACAAAGAUUACAAAAACUAAUCAACAAGCAAACAUUUAAACAUUAUUUCGCAGUAUUAGAUAUCAGUAAAACCAUGAUGUACGAUUACCAUUUUAAUGUAAUGAAGGCGCAUUAUGGUGAUAAUAUCAACCUCAUGUAUACAGAUACAGAUUCACUGAUAUAUCACAUUAAGACUGACGAUUUUUACAAAGAUUUGAAGUGCAAUUCAAACUUACUUGACCGGAUGGAUACUUCAGAGAUACUUAAAAGUUGA